UAUUGACAUCAUGCUUGUGUGCGCUCGCGCUGCUCUGCUGAUGUAGGAGGAGACGCUGCUGUCAUCUGUGAAAAAAAAAAAAAAAGUGGCAUAAUCAAAUUUUUAAAGGUAACGGACCUUUUUUUUUUUUUCGCCAGAAUUUUUUCUACAUGAUUUUAUCUUCAGGAAAUGUGACUGAGGACUUUCAUGAUAUAGAACAACAAACGGAAAUGUUCUUGACAUGAACACCAAUUAUUUGUGAAGCGAUUCGGAAUCAUUUGAUCUCCGUUUGAAAGGGGUGGACAAGGCUGGAAAGAGGGGGAAAGUGGAUGUCGCGACUGAGCACUCUGUCCCGUUUUCACCGGGACCCGUGUUGGUGGUGAACCGCCGCGGUGCCGUUGUGGGAGUGUCGCACGUACGCGAGGAUAGUUUGCCCUGGAUUUUUCAAUCAUUUGCGAGAUAAGGCUCCCGGACCUCCUCCUCCUCCUCCUCUUCCUCUUCGACGCUGCCCUCCCUUCCUCAUCCUCAUCUUCCCGGUUUUUCCUUCCUCUCUUACCUCCGUGAUUUGCUGCGGUCCGCACACGGGGUAGAGGCUCGCGCUCACCGCGAGAGGACUGAAACCAGACCGCGAAGCGCCCCUGCCCCCCUCAGAUCAUCUCCUCACCUCCCUCUAAUUUCCUUAAUAUUUUUCCUCGGAGUUGGAGGAUUGGGGGGAUUUAUUUCAUUGUUACCCCCCAUUUUCAACAAACAACCGGACUGAGUGAUAUUUUUGGAGUGUUUUCUCGUUUUUUGAAGCCCCCGAAGAGGCCGGGCUGUAUACAGAGAAGCAGUGGGGAUGACUUUAGAGUCGAUGAUGGCCUGCUGCCUGAGCGAAGAGGCCAAGGAGUCGAAACGAAUCAACGCCGAGAUCGAUAAGCAGCUGCGCCGGGACAAGCGCGACGCGAGGCGGGAGUUGAAGCUGCUACUGCUCGGUACGGGUGAGAGCGGUAAGAGUACAUUUAUCAAACAGAUGCGUAUCAUUCACGGAACCGGCUACACGGAUGAGGACAAGCGUGGCUUCACCAAGCUGGUUUACCAGAAUAUCUUCACAUCCAUGCAGGCCAUGAUCCGCGCCACAGAGAACCUGAAGAUUGGCUACAAGUAUGAGCAGAACAAGGCAAACGCCAUGCUGGUGAAGGAGGUGGACAUUGAGAAGUUGGUGUCAUUUGACCACCCCUACAUUAAUGCCAUAAAGAUGCUGUGGUCAGAUCCAGGCAUUCAAGAGGCGUACGACAGACGCAGAGAGUACCAGCUGUCAGACUCCACAAAAUACUAUCUAUCCGAUCUGGAUCGUAUCGCAGAACCCUCCUACCUUCCCACCCAACAGGACGUGUUGAGGGUUCGAAUCCCGACCACGGGGAUUAUUGAAUACCCAUUCGACCUUCAGAGCAUCAUUUUCAGGAUGGUUGAUGUAGGAGGCCAGAGGUCAGAGCGCAGGAAGUGGAUCCACUGCUUUGAGAACGUGACGUCUAUCAUGUUCCUGGUGGCUCUGAGCGAGUACGAUCAGGUUCUGGUUGAGUCGGACAACGAGAAUCGUAUGGAGGAGAGCAAGGCUCUGUUUAGGACGAUAAUCACAUAUCCAUGGUUCCAAAACUCCUCGGUCAUCCUCUUCCUCAACAAGAAAGAUCUGCUAGAGGAAAAAAUUUCCUACUCUCACUUGGUCGACUACUUCCCAGAGUUUGAUGGGCCCCAGAGGGAUGCUCAGGCCGCACGGGAGUUCAUCCUGAAGAUGUUUGUGGAUCUGAAUCCUGACAGCGACAAGAUCAUCUACUCACAUUUCACCUGCGCGACCGAUACAGAGAACAUCCGCUUUGUGUUUGCAGCAGUGAAAGACACCAUCCUACAGCUGAACCUGAAGGAAUACAACUUGGUGUGAGACGUGCGACGGUCCGACACGAUCACAUGAUCAGCACAGAACAGGCACCUACAGAGUGUGCGCACACCUACGUCCACACACAACAGUCAUAUACAAACACAUAUACACCCAUGUACAAACACAUUUACACAUUCAGUAACACAUGGCUCUUGAGAUUUUCCUUUUUUCCCCCAGCUUCCAGAGUUUUCACUUUCUGUCCAGCGGAAUCGUAACGGACAGCUUAUCAGUUUUUUUCUUCGCCAAAGUCUGUCCGCUCCUGCCCGGCAGCUUUCGUCAAUGGCCUCUUUCCCUUUUAUCAAAUUUGACCACCAAAAAUGUCUCGAUUUUGACAGGGUGUUAGACUCUGACUUGCUGCUCCAACAUUCCAAGAAAGUAUUCCAAGAAAAUGUUGGAUUGGCAAAGCUGUGAUGAGCUUGUGGACGGAACAAUCUGCGAUCCGCUGGCCUGAAAACUGGAAGUGACGUUCCUUCCCGUUCGUGUACUAUCACUCUCUCCAGUCACGUCAUCAGUUCCGAGGAUGUCUCGGAAUUCUGCCUGGAAGAAUUGAAAAUGUGUUUCCACAAAGAAGAAAAACAAAACAAAAAAAUAUAUAUAAAAACACAACACAUUUACAUCAUUGUUCACGGACACAAGGACAAGUGCUGUGGUGCCAGAAAGUUCCGAAGGGAUCCAUUGGAUCUUUCUAGAAUUCAGAGGAUUCUGGCGGAUUCUAGAAUCCAGUGGGUUCCCGUGGGAUCCACUGAUGGUGUGGAGAUCCUUUUUUAUUUUUUUUCGCAGAGAUGAUAAUCUCAAUGAGGCUAGUCUUCAACUUGCAUCGAUGAAUGUAAACUUCAUGUAAGAGCAUCGCAAAUGCAAAAAAAGACAAAAAAUAUAAUGAACGAAAAUAGUGUAAGAAUGCCUAUAUAAGCAAAUCGACACAAAGCACGAGAGAGAGAUGAAACUAAUUAAAUCUGUGUAUAUUGCUGAGAUGAUCAUUUUAAAAUACUUUUAAUUAUAAGUAACUAGCUACUUCUACUGCUAUCGAAUAUAAAAUAUAUUAUAAAAGCAGUCGAAUAAAUGAUGGGUAAGAGACGUUACAGAUUUUUAAAUGUGUGUGCGACAGGAUUAUAUACAAGCGAUAGGUAUUUGUUCUGCAGAUUUCCUCAUUUAACAUUUAAAAUGAUUGCAUUGCUUCCUUCCCCACCGUUUUUAUCUUUUGUAGUCUUUCCUUCCUCCCCGGUUACGUUUUUAUUUUACGACAGCAGCUGUCAGCCUAGUUUCAAACUAACGGUAGUUUUGCGACUUGCAGUCGUAACGCUCAGAGUGCGCGAUUAGUUUUUAUUUCACUCAUGAACAGAUACUAUAUCAGUCGAGAACCUGGGUUGUAGACGACUCCCCAGAUGUACACAGUCCAUUUAUUGUUUACGCAAUUUAAAAAGAAACUGUCAUUGUAACGUUUCGGUCAAGAAUGGCAUUGCAGAAAAGCAUUUAUGUGCAGUCAAUUGCAAGUUAAUUGACUGUGUAUAUUUAUAUUUGUAAAUACGUAUACACAUUAUUGCUUAUGUACAAAACGUCUGUGGUACACUAUCUUUGGCAAAAUAAGAAAAAAAAAACGUUUUCGUAAUUGUGUACGGUUUUAUUGGUUUUCUUAUGAAUUACAAUAUUAUUGAUACUGUGAUUCUUGUUUUACUUUUACAUUUUUACUUUUAUUGUCACAAUGAAUACUUCAAAUAAUAUACACAUAGCUGUACCUAACAGUAAAAUGUGGAGGACAAACAUGAUAAAAACAAUUUACACGUACAGUUAUGAGCAAUAGUCUGAGAAAACCUAAAGCAGACUUCCAAAAAAAACGUUUUGUUCAACAUCACAGGGAAAUAUCUAAGUGGGAUAUUAUUCCUCGACAAUUUUAUUAGGAGAUCGGAAACAGCCUCCUCUAGAGUGUGAAUGUUAUAUGAGAUAAAAAAUAUGAUUUUUAAGUGAAAGAAAAAGAUUAAUUAAAUAGAGAACAUUUUAUUUAUAUAAUUUAUGGACCAGAUCUGAAGUUGUUGAUAAUUUGAAUGCUAUUGUUUUCUCUUUCUAUUUGAAGCACUCCCAUGUUAUGAGACAGAAAUAGUAGACAAGUGUCUGUACUGCUGUAUAAACCUCCGUUAUGGGUAAAUUAAUCAACUUUUUUUUAAAUCUUCAUUUAAUUUUUUUUAAUAUAUUUUCCCCAAACAUAAUUGUUGCCAUUAUAUUUCCACACAGUUAAUUGUACUAUAUAUAUAUUUCACUUUUCACUUUCCUACCUUCUUUUUUUUCUUUUUUUUUCAUUACAUUUCCGAAUUAUGUUUAGGUGCAGUGCUUAAAAACAAACAUAGGAAAUGUACCAUAUGAAACUAGACUGCUUAUUAUCUGUGAUUGAGGAUCUAAUUGGUCUACGCUUGCAAGUAGUGACUUUAUUUUACAUUCUAAUUUUAUUUGGUUCUUCUAAAAUUCAUGGCUUGUUUCCUUCAUUGUGUAUGUGAUGCACAGAUAGAAAAUGUUCUAAGGUUAUUUUACAGUCGAUCUUUUAUACAGGUGAUGUCUCAUUCGUUUUCAUCAAGGGCUGCAAAAACACGUCGAACCCCACACGAAAAACUGAGACAAGGCAGGAAUGAACAAUUGGUCACAGCUUAAAGAUCAAAGUGCAAUUCGGUACUCGGUCGAAUGAUCUGAGAAAUUAGUUUUUUGUUGUACGUGAUCAGUUUAACCAGUGAUUAAGUAUUCAGAAGUACCAUCAAAUUCCCAUUCCACCAAAUUAUAUGUAUUAUUCACUAUUUUAUCAGCUUUACUGCCCGACUUACUGCCAUGGAGAUCAGAGUCUAUAUUAGAGAAUCAUGCACCUAAACAAGGCAUACACUUUCCCAAAUGCUAUCUUAAUGCUAGCUUAAAACCUCACAUGUUAUUUGUAAGCUGAACCCAUGUAAUUCAGUGUUGAUGUGGGGUUUGGAAAUGUCACAUUUGUAAAUACGGCAGUGAUUUCUGCUCUUAGUAGUUCGUAGUUAGAAAAGUUUGAAACUGAUGAUACAAAGGAAAUUGUGGCCACUGAACAGUCAAUAACUUAAGAGGUAUUGGACAGACUUGAGACGUAUUUAGACACCAUAGUGCAUCCUGUGGUUGUACAUUAUUCACUUGACGUAUGUCUCUCUUUUAAAUGUUUGGCUCGUAAAGACCCUUUGCUCUUGUAUUCUGUCAGUAAUGCUGUGGAAAAAAGUGUUAAUGGUUGCUUUGUUGUAUCUGAGGUUUGGAAGCCAUUGAUUGUAAAUGCAUUGCUCCUACAAUGGGAUUUUGUUUAGUGCAGCUUGAAUUUCUUAAUGCACUUUUUGUUUUUAUUCGUGCCACAAGGUAAAUGCCUAAAACACUUGGAGACUGGUCUGAGCAAGCAACGCAACACUAACAGUUCAAGCUUCACAUAUCACUAUCUUCAGAGUUGUGGGAAGGUUUUUACAUAUUCAAUGAGCCAGUUCCAGAGUUCUCGUGUUGACGUUCCUCAAAGAACCUCUACCUCUGUGAACCGUGUGAUGCUUUUGGGCAUUGUCGGAUUGGUAGUCACGUGACAAGCACACUUCUUAGUCUGUAGGGCACAGUCGAUUGAGGUUUAGAAGCCAAACUUCGCAAGGCGGGUGAAACAAUAUUGGAUCUUGCCAACAGUCGCGAAGUUCAUCUAACUCCUGCUUGUAAUUUUUUUUUUUUUUUUUCUCAACAUUUGCCAACCAACACCUCUAAGUCUAAUAUUCUUUGUUGGCCAACUUCCUACGGGUUCAGUGAGGGUUAGAUGAGAAAUAGCAUCUGUCCUGCUGUUUAUGAGAGAAUUUUCGCAAUGGACAAGUGAAUAAACAUAUCAUUUUUGAGGGCUUUGGCAAUUCUUAAAGGCAUGUAGUCAACCUUUUCAGAUAGCACAGUUGGGGGGCUACUAUAUAUACAUUUAAGGGCAUCUACACACUUACUUUUAGGCUAGAAAUAUACUUUACGUGCACAAACGUGGACACAGAUGCUUACAUUGCAAGCACGCUGUCUCAUUGAACAUACUUAACACGAGUUCUUGCAUUACUGUGGCGGUAACAAAUCUCAGUAUUUAAGGAGGUGAUGGAGUUUCCCUCAAAUGUUUUUGCCAAUUAACUGAAUGUUUUAUUCAAGUAGCUAGCUAUAAACAUUUCUGCUUAAUAAAAUUUACUCAGCAAGAUUCUCUUCAAACUGUUGCUUGAGAGUAUUUAAUCUGAAAGAAUAAACUUGCCGUAGCAGAAAACAGCUUACGCUACGUUGUGUAAACACUGAGAAUGCAGCAUGUACUUGCUGUGCAUUAUGAAUUUCGGAAUGCAAUGAAACACAAUAUCAAGCUUGCUUAGCUAAAAGUAUUUGAAGCGAUUUUAAUGGGAAUGGUACAUCGCAAGAACAUGGAGGAACAACACAAUGUGUGUUGUGAAAGUGACGCUGUAUCAUGUGACCAAAAGUCGACAAAAUCUUAGCUUUUGCUGCAACGCGCACUGACGUAUGCAUCCGUUGACAAAUGUCUUUUGGGACUUUAUGCAACAGCUGCAGAUGGGACGGCUACAGUUACCUGAUGUAAACUGAUAAAUCACAUAGCCAAGACACUCAAAAAUCAUUAAGCAACGUAAGGUGGAGCGGAGCAAUCGUUCAUUCAAGUAUAAAAGAAAUGUAAUUUAAAACAGCAAGAGAAGGGUUGCUUUUAAUGUUAAAAUAACCUACUGUCAGAAGAGAUUUUUCUCUUGUACGAUAUCAAUACGUCAAAAAACCUAGAUAUUAUUGAUUUUAAGUCUAUUGUAACCAAACGUUUUAACAUUUAUUUCCCUAAUCUGUCACAUAGCACUGACUACGGCAAAGUAGCGAUUUUCCCAUUGUAGACCAUUACGGUACAAUAUCAGAAAGUAGUGAAUUAAAGUUGCACAUGUGCAGUAGAAUGCAGAACACCGUAGCCGUCCCGUCCGUUAAAGUUUUCAGAGAAACGAGUCCAUUUGGGCUUUCCACACCCUCAAAACAUACCUUAUGAAUUCUCAUCCUUCAGACUUUGACAUCUGAGCUUUCUGUAGCUUGUAGAGUGCCUACACACUAGGGAAAGCUCCGACAGAGUGUUUGACGCAUGGGAAUGCCAAAGGUCCGUUUGGAAGGCAUGUCCCACAGAGGGAAGAGGUGGUCACGGAUAGCAGGGAUGGCUAUUUAAUCUUUUAUCUUUUUGACAAUGUACCAGUAAACAUUGAAACUGUACUCCAGUGUCUCUCUCCACAAUUACUCUCUUUUUAGCCUGACAGAGAAGGAUAAUAGAGGACAGAGAAUGAAUACACUGCAUGCAUGAGUUUUUGUCCACCAAGUUUUUUCGAUUUCACAGCGCAGCUAGUCCUGCCUCUGCGAGAUUUCCAUUGGUCAAUGGAUGCCUACAUCAGAGUGCAUGAGAAGGAUAUACAGUGGCUGCAGUUGGAGCUACAAAAAGGGGCGGGAGCUUCAAACCGCCAGCAAAGAUAUCAGGAGCCUCUAUCAUAACCCUUUCCCACACCGGGUGUGGAAGUGACGCCCCCUUUUGAAGUGACCACUCCCCCUUCUGGAAGAAGCCUGCCCUCUUUUGGAGAUUCCACCCCCAUUUGGAGAUCUCUGGCCUGCAGCUAAACCUACUUGGAGUGCGUUUCAGCACACGUUUAAAUGUUCUCAACUUUUGGUCACAUGACGGAGCUUCACUAUCGUAAACGUUUUUUUUGUUGUUUUUUUUUACCCUCUACCUUCCUUCCGACACACCAUUCGCAGUGUUCUCUGAUGCAGCGCAAACUCUAGUGUGUAGGUGCCCUAACAUGUUUUUGAGUGCGGCCCAGGGGCAUAAAAAACAAAGGCUCUUUGUAUUUCCCUGAGCGCUCUCUACUGUAGUACAGCUAUCAGAAAAAGACAAAUCUAGUAUGGUUGCAAUAUGAGUCAGUCGUUCAUUGCAUUUGAAUGCAUGUUUGACGUUUAGAGGGCCUCCUGUUGAUGUUGAGUUAAAUUUGUGAGAAGGAUAUAGCCGCAGGCUGAGCUCCAAAAAGGGGUACAAGCUCUAAACCGCCAGCAAAGCCCCUAACCUAAUCCCUUCCCUAACCUUGGGUGAAAAUGUCGUCCCCUUUUGGAGCUGGCCCAACCUCCUCCUGGAGUAACCCCACCCCUUUCUGGAGUUACCCAACCAUCUUUUGGAGAUUCCGUGGCCAUUUGGAGAUCUCCGGCCUGCAGCUAUACCUACUUGAAAUUUGUUGCCCAAUUGCAGACAGAAGAGCGAGAUAGUUACGUUAUUUCCAAAUAAGCAUGUAUACUGGUACAGAAAGAUGCAUUAGCGUGAAUGAGUUGAAUUGAGGUUCGGACCCAAAUGAAAGAGUCAUUGAAAUUUGAUUUAUGUUUUUCCUCCCUUUUUCUUUGUUAUAAUAUAUUUUCUGAAAACUGCUAUGUCCAGGACCACAUAAAUAUUUUAUCUUUCUUUUUUACCACAUUAUGAGGUAGAUUUUGUUUGGGGGUUUCUCUUACUUCCAUUCUUUGCUUCUUUUUACCCUUUUAUUUUGUAAUUAUACCAAAUGUAAUUGUUGUAUAAUAUUGUGCGUGCCAACCCCCUUCUCUGAGACUGACUCAUAACAAGUGCCAAUUGUUGUCCAAAUCACAUGCGGACUGUGAAAUUAGACACGGUCCCCUUUAAAAAAAAAAAAAAAAAAUGAGUAAAACACUAAAUAAAAGAGUUAACAGUUUUACUUUUGUAUUUAAGUUAGAAGAUAAACUGCUGUUGUUCUCUUUGCUUUUUUAUUUUAAGGAAUUGUAAUUUUUAAAGCAUGUGCUCUUUGUCCAGGUGGGCGUUUUGGGCUCAGAUAAAUACGUUAAUGUCCUCGAGACGAGGAAACAUAGUGGAAAUUUAUUUACAACAUUCUCGCCAUAUUUUUGUCGUUUUUAUUUGUAUUUGUUUCAUUUCAACCACUGUUGCCUGAACCUCAUUCAAACUUGGAAAUGAUUUUCAUAACCGCCUUGUAAAAAAACAAAAAUUAUAAAGUAUCUGUUUUAAAUUUAAAUAAAUUUGUUCCUAUACUUGCUGA